AAUGUAACUGAAUAGUUACAUUUUAAUAGCUUGGAAUCUUGGUACAUAAACUAUUCUGAGUGACAAGUGGAGGAAUAUUUUGUAAAGUGUGUUAUAUUUUAAAGUGUGUUAUCAAUGAAAUUCAGAUAACAUCAUUUUCACAGUGAACUUUGGCUCAUUUAUGGUUUAACCAUUACUGCUGUGAAAAUUGCAAAAGGUAUGUAUAUAUGCUCCUACACAGAAUACCAGCUCAGUGAUUUUAAGAUUUCUUUGCUCCUGACCUAAGAGCACACUUGCUCUUUGCCUUGUAUAGUUAGCGUUCAGUAAGUCAUUUUUGAUUGAUUUGAUGAAAGAUGCCAUCCCCGAACCAGUCCGGUGUUCUUCAUAAAUUCAAGGACAUCCUCUUUUCUACUAUGUGUUCAGAAGAACUUCUAAGUUCUAUGGAUUCUUUCAAUGCAAGAGAAGAUGAUGUGUUUCUGGUUUCCUAUCCAAAAUCAGGCACUCACUGGAUCGCAAAAGUCAUUGAGAACAUUCCCAAUGCUGAAAUUACUCUAACAUCUCCAAUUGAAUUGGGAGACAUUUCUAAAUUCGAAGAGCUAAAGAUGUGUUGUAAGAGAAGAGUUAUCCCAACGCAUUUGAGCUAUAACAUGCUACCACUGGAUAUUAAACGAAAACAAUGCAAGAUUAUCUACAUCAUCAGGAAUCCCAAAGACACAGCUGUUUCUCUGUUCCACUACUACAGAGAGAACCCUAAUCUCCCUGGCAUCGAAAGCUGGGCUGCGUUUUUAGAGCUAUUCCUAAGCGGAGAUGUUGUGUAUGGAUCCUGGUUUGAUCACAUUUUAACCUGGGAAGACCACAAACAUGAUAAAAACAUUCUAUUUAUAUUCUAUGAAGAAAUGAAGAAAGAUCCUUCUAAAAGCAUAAAGAAAAUAACUACUUUCCUCGGUAUAAAUGUGAGUGACAGAGAAAUCAAUCAGAUUGCUUGGAAAUCAUCAUUCAGGGAAAUGAAAAAUGAGGCAGCCAAAGAAAACUGUGAUCCCAAUAAGACCAUCUGUGCCCUCACAUCGAAUAGGAGCCUGGUAUUCAGGAAAGGAGCGGUGGGUGAUUGGAUAAACUACUUUACUUCAAAGCAGAAGAGAGUAUUUGAUGAACUAUUCGCAGAGAGAAUGAAGCACAGUGAACUAGCAAGACACUUUGAAGAUUACUCUUAAUACAAAUGGAAAAUGAAACCAAUUUCCAUUUUAUGCGAUACAGUGCUUGUAGAAUACAUAAAUAUUUUUUACCAAUGUGGAAAGCAGAUAUUUCUUGCCGAGAGAAAUAGACACCUUAUGAAUGCAUCGAAACUGCCAUGUGCAAGAGACUAUUAUUAUCACAUUUGAUGGUGGCAGGGAAUUAUUAAUAAAAGAAAGUAUAGAAUUUUUGAAUAGCUGAAGUAUAGAUCUGCUUUCAGGAUAUGGAUAAGGCAAGGAGAUGAUUGUUUAGAAAGCAUACUACUGUGGGUAUGCUAUAAACUGCACUAAUGUACAACAAAAGAAGUGAGGGAUUGAUUAUCUGAAGUAACCAGUGUCUGAGAAGAAUCCAUGUCCUGCAUUUUGCACUAUGGUGACCUCUAAACAAAUGCUUUUAUUUCAAUCUUCCCUGGUGUCCAUGUAAAAAGAUUCUGUAGUGUCAUAGCAGUGAAAACAUAAUUUUACCAAGGUGAAAACACCUAAUAGGCAAAUGAUAUUAGAUGAUCACAAUCUGGUAUUUUGGUGAAAGGAAGGAUGAAAUGACACCCAUUCAUGUUACAUUAACUCUGGUGUAGCAUUCCAGCAUUCCAGUAUGUCCUUUGUCUUAAGUGAAGUCAUUAAAUUACAAAACUUCUUAUUUCUAGUUUUGAAAAGUAUAAUUCUCCUGAAGUAUUUAUUUUUUACAGUAUUUUGAAUAUGUACUAUUUCUCCCAAUAGCAUUGCUAGCAUUAAUCUAAUCUCUGGAACUCUCUCUCUUCUGUAGUGACUAUUAUGUUGUAGCUUUAACCAAGAGGACAUUGUUGUGAUAUUCCAGGGAAUUUAUUUUAGGAUUAUUGCCUAAAUGACAACAUAUUGGUUAUGAGAAUCUAUGUCAUACUGUUUACAACUGUGCCGUGGUAUCUAACCCAAGGCUAAUGGGAAAUCAAAAUUGUGUAUUGUAAUGACUCUGAACUAUGAAACCAAAGCAAUGAGUUGAAUAAGUCAGUUCAGCCAAUACCAGUGUGUGGUAAAUCUUAUUUUUAGUAACAAAUCUGUUGGAGUUUUUUGUACCAAGUUUAUCACAAUUCAGUGAGCAUUAGAUCUUCAUGAAUCUUUUACAUAUGCAUAUUUGUUAUAAAUAAAAUAUAUUCCGG